AUGGACGCCAGCGCCCCUCCUCCGAGCCCCUCCCGCUCACAGCCGUCGCCCCCGGCACCGCCCCCGCCCCCGGCACCGCCCCAGGCCCGCUCCCGGCUCAAUGGCACGUCCACGGUGAAGCAGGAGCAGAGUGGAGCACCCGGAGGUCCUGGGCCCCACGUUGGACCGGGACCAGCCGUGGGAGAAGCUGGCGCCCCAGCGGCACCCCCAGCCCUUCGUGCCAGGAGCCGAGAAGGAGCAGACAGAGCGGGGCCCUCGAAGGGAGACAGGGAAGCCCCCUUUGAAGAAGUGCUGGAGAAGGCCAAGGCCGGGGACCCCAAGGCACAGACGGAGGUGGGAAAGCACUAUCUGCAGCUGGCGGACGGCGCGGACGAGGAGCUCAACAACUGCACAGCCGUGGACUGGCUGACGCUGGCCGCCAAGCAGGGCCGGCGCGAGGCCGUCAAGCUGCUGCGCCGCUGCCUGGCGGACAGGAGAGGCAUCACCUCGGAGAACGAGCAGGAGGUGAAGCGGCUGUCCUCCGAGACCGACCUGGAGCGGGCGGUGCGCAAGGCUGCGCUGGUCAUGUACUGGAGGCUCAACCCCCAGCGGAAGAAGCAGGUGCCCGUGGCCGAGCUGCUGGAGAACGUGGGGCAGGUCAACGAGCUGGAUGGAGGGGCGCAGCCGGGCCCCGUCCCCAAGUCCCUGCAGAAGCAGCGGCGGGUGCUGGAGCGCCUGGUCAGCAGCGAGUCCAAGAACUACAUCGCGCUGGACGACUUCGUGGAGAUCACCAAGAAGUACGCCCAGGGCAUCCUCCCCACCGACCUGUUCCUGCAGGACGAGGACGAUGAGGACGACGAGCUGGCGGGCAGGAGCCCCGACGACCUGCCGCUGCGCCUGAAGGUGGUCAAGUUCCCGCUGCACGCCAUCAUGGAGAUCAAGGAGUACCUGAUCGAGAUGGCCUCGCGCGCGGGCAUGCACUGGCUGUCCACCAUCGUCCCCACCCACCACAUCAACGCCCUGGUCUUCUUCUUCAUCAUCAGCAACCUGACCGUGGACUUCUUCGCCUUCUUCGUGCCCCUCGUGGUCUUUUACCUGAGCUUCCUGUCCAUGGUCAUCUGCACCCUCAAGGUCUUCCAGGACAGCCGGGCCUGGGAGAGCUUCCGCACGCUCACCGGCCUGCUGCUGCGCUUCGAGCCCGGCCUGGACGUGGAGCAGGCCGAGGGCAACUUCGGCUGGAACCACCUGGAGCCCUACGUGCACUUCCUGCUGUCCGUGGCCUUCGUCAUCCUCUCCUUCCCGCUCGCCAGCAAGGACUGCAUCCCCUGCUCGGAGCUGGCCGUGGUGGCCGUCUUCUUCACCGCCACCAGCUACAUGAGCCUGAGCAGCUCCGCCGAGCCCUACACCCGCCGGGCCCUGGCCACCGAGGUGGCCGCCGGCCUGCUCUCCCUGCUGCCCGGCCUGCCCGUGGACUGGCCCGGCCUCAAGCUGCUGGGCCAGACCUUCUUCACCGUGCCCCUGGGCCAGCUGGCCGUGCUCAACGCCAGCCUGCCCUGCCUGCUCUACGUGUACCUGCUCUUCCUCUGCUUCCGCAUGGCGCAGCUGCGGCACUUCCGGGGCACCUACUGCUACCUGGUGCCCUACCUGGUGUGCUUCAUGUGGUGCGAGCUGGCCGUGGUCCUCCUGCUGCACUCCACCGGCCUGGGGCUGGUGCGCGCGUCCAUCGGCUACUUCCUCUUCCUCUUCGCGCUGCCCGUGCUGGCGGCCGGCCUGGCGCUCAUGGGCGCGGCGCGGCUCGCCCUCUGGUGCACGUCGCUGGAGCUCACCAAGGUGGCGGUGGCGCUGGCGCUGUGCGGGGUGCCCGUGCUGCUGCGCGGGUGGGGCCGCGCCCGCGGGCCGCUGCUGGAGGUGGCGCGCUCGCUGACGCGCAGCUCCGUGGUCAAGCUCAUCCUGGUGUGGGUGUCGGCCAUCGUGCUCUUCUGCUGGUUCUACGUGUACCGCUCGGAGGGCAUGAAGGUGUACAACUCCACGCUGACCUGGCCGCAGUACGGCGCGCUGUGCGGCCCGCGGGCCUGGCGGGAGACCAACAUGGCGCGCACGCAGAUCCUGUGCAGCCACCUGGAGGGCCACCGCGUCACGUGGACCGGCCGCUUCAAGUACGUGCGGGUGACGGACAUCGACAACAGCGCCGAGGCGGCCAUCAACAUGCUGCCGUUCGUGGUGGGCGACUGGAUGCGCUGCCUGUACGGCGAGGCCUACCCCGCCUGCAGCCCCGGCGGCGCCUCCACGGCCGAGGAGGAGCUGUGCCGCCUCACGCGGCUGGCCAAGCACCCCUGCCACAUCAAGCGCUUCGACCGCUACAAGUUCGAGAUCACCGUGGGCAUGCCCUUCGGCGCCAACGGCGGCCGCGGCCCCGAGGAGGACGACGUGACCAAGGACAUCGUGCUGCGGGCCAGCGGCGAGUUCAAGGAGGUGCUGCUGGGCCUGCGCCAGGGCAGCCUCAUCGAGUUCAGCACCGUGCUGGAGGGCCGCCUGGGCAGCAAGUGGCCCGUGUUCGAGCUCAAGGCCAUCAGCUGCCUCAACUGCCUGGCCCAGCCGGCGCCCGCCCGGCGCCAUGUGAAGAUCGAGCAGGACUGGCGCAGCACCGUGCAUGGCGCCGUCAAGUUCGCCUUCGACUUCUUCUUCUUCCCCUUCCUGUCGGCCGUGUGA